CUUAUCCAGAUUCCCUCUGCCUGACUCAUGCACACACACGUUGAAACAACACCCCGCCCCAGUGUGCUCUGCUGCAGGCUGUUUCUGGUCAGACAGCCGGGCCUGCAGUGACGAGGAGGAGCAGGCCUGCAGUCAUGAUGCGGCAGCUGGAGCUCGCUGCCCUGGGCCUGGCCUUCACCGGGUGGAUCUGUGCCAUUCUGACCCGCUGCCUGGCCCUGUGGAAGGUGAGCGGCACCCUGGACAACAACACGGCCACCCUGCCGGCCUACUGGGACGGGGUGUGGCUGGAAUGGGACCACUGGGACCUGGCCCACGAUGGCAGCCUGCACUGCUCGUUCUACCAGUCUCUCAUGUCUCUCUCUGGAAGCUUUCGGACGUGGAGAGCCCUCAUCAUGGCAGCCGUCGGGGCCGGGGCCUUUGCUGUGGGGAUCAGUGCAGUGGGGGCGGUGUGGUUCCCCCAGCGUAACCAGGUCAAAGUGGUUUCUGGUAGUCUCUUUGUUUUGUCUGGAAUCCUGCUGCUGGUUCCCACAGCCUGGACGGCCCAUCACACCAGUCAGCCACUGGAUGGCGCUGAGUUGCUGAGGAGAGACUGGGGACCGGCUCUGUACCUGGGAUGGAUCUCUGUUGCUCUGAUGCUGGUGGGAGGGGGGUUCCUCACCACCAGGUGCCCCACGAGGGAGAGUCCGACCCAGCCGCCUAAAGAGGGCAGGUACCCGACUGUGGAGGAUGAGAGCAGUCACCCUCUGAGCAGGAUCAACAGAACUACGUUCACCAACAGCCAGUACGAGCACAGGUCAGAGCCCAUCUGAGGGACUGGAGCAGAAAGAGAGAGAGCGAAGGAUUCAACUGGAGAAUCGUUAAUAACUGGGACGACUGGGGGUCGGUUUAACAGCAGAGGUCAAACUCCGGCUGCACAUGUUGGGUAACGAAACACUGGUUUAUACAAAGAAGGAAUUCAACACUAGAAAAGCACAAGGUUGUGGGUCAUUGUGUUAUUUAACUAGGUUUAGUCAUAGAGGUGUGGUUGGGACUUUAAAUAAGAGUUGUGUUUCUUUAAUGCUAACACACUGAAUAUACCACAAACACAUGUUUUACACACAAUCCUCAUUUAUCCCUAAAACAUAAUUUCACUGUGACUUGAAGUUACUGAAUCUCAUGAAACUGUCCGACACUGACCAGCGCCCUCGAUGCUUUGAAUAUAAUGUGAUGCCUUAAAAGAGGGUGAGUUCAUACUGAUCUGAGACUAGACACUGUACUGCACCGGAUUAAGAGUCAUGAAGUUUCACAUUUGUUUGGUUUGUUGUUGAGUGAAAAAUGGAACGUAAAUUAAACAUUGACAGGAGCUUUUGUUCAGAGAAGUUAUUUGAUUUGAAUUGUUUCCAUCGUUUGAGAGGAGAGGUGAUGGAGAAGAGGAGGACGGUGGGUUGUGGGUCCGUUGAUACGCUUUCAAACAAUCGGACGUGAAACUGGACUUUUAUUUAAGGUUUUAUAUCAAUGUUAAGUUGUAGUGUCAGAAACUGAGAGCAUGAUUCUGAAUGUGCUCUUUGACUUUUACACACAACUAAACAGUGAAACCUGAAAUGAAAACAACUGUCCUUAAAACGACUGAAGCAACAACUGGCGUUUUAUUUUCAUUUAAAUGCAAAUGUCACACAUUUCUAAUUUAGACUUUAUUCUUCUGAGCUUUUAAUUGUGAGAAAAAGUUGAUUGAAAACGCUCUAAUCCUUUUUGUUCCUGUGACCUCAAACCAUGUGAUCAUUCUUCUCAAGUCAAACCAUCUGAACAUUGUUGUGUGUGUGUGUGUGUGUGUGUGUCUGUUUCCUGCUUUUGUUUUGCAAAUAAAAACACUUUAAAGCA